CGCGUUUUCAGUUCGUUUCUGUACGCAAGUCGAGUUGGUCGUGUUUGUCCGCUAGGUAGCGCGUUGUGCUUGUCGUCUUCUUCUAGAAAAUACGCGCGGCAAAUGUGCGUCCUUUACAAAACAUAAAUAAAAACAACAACUGACUGAAAAAUUGUGUUCGUAGUGAAUGAAGUACGGUAUGUUUAGUGUUUGCGAGAAAUAUUAGGCUAAAAUAUUUGCAAUUUGUGCGGUGUGCAGCGAAAAAGCAAGUGCCGUUAAAUACAAAACCGCCCCGCAACAACAACAACAACCGUUACACCCCAAAAAUACGCUGUCAACAUCGCAGUCGCUGUCGUUGUCGCGGUCGCCGUCGCCGUCGCAGUCAGCGUCGCUGUUCGCAUUUGGAAAUACAAAUCGUGUUUUGCGCUUUAGCAUUUUGCAGUUGUUGUUGUUGUUGUUGUUGCCGCUGUUCACUCGCCAAGUUAUUUACGUCGCGUCGCGCAAACAACAACAGCAACAAAACAAAAAUUUACAAUUAAAAUUACGCGCGCUACGUCAAAAAGUAUCUGCGAGAUACACACACCCAACACACACACCAAAAACAACAACUAGAGAGAGAGAGAGAGAGAGAGAGAGAGGAGGAGAGAAAGAGAAGGAACAAGUCGCACAAUAUGCGCAAAAUUCAACUAAAAUGCAGCAUAUCCCGGCUGUAAAAAGUUUUACGAUCCAACCUUAACGCAAUUCCCCGACCCGCACAGCCCCGAAAUAAUGCCAGAUACAAAUUAAGGUCGCUACGUUGCGCCGUGGCACCUGAGAGCAAGUGUAUUAGUCUCAGCAGCAGCAGCAGCAGCAGCAGCAGCGGGAAAAACAACAACAAACAAGGAUAACCCACCCACAAAGGCCGUAAAACAUUUUGGCCAAAGCAACAUUUACAGUUACAGUCGCUACAGGCUCGUAAAUUGCCAGCAAAACAAAAAAAAAAAAAAACAAAAGAGAACAAAAAACAACAACAAUUGUAGUUGCAACCGUAAGAGGCGGCAGCAGCAGCAGAGAUGGCGGGCAACAUUGUCAAAUGGUGGAAACACAAGAUACUCGGCGGCUAUAAACAAUUCUCAGUUCAAGAAUGCACCACAGACUCAGAGGAGCUAAUGUAUCAUCAGGUGCGCGCCUCAUCCUCGUGCAGUGCGCCGCCAGAUUUGUUGCUGGUCAGCGAACGUGACAAUAAUAUACAACUGAGAACGCCCGUGGUUAAUAUAAUCACAACGCCUCCCGGCAAUGCAUCUGGCGCGGCCGCAGCCAAACAGCAGCAGCACCAACAGCAGCAGCAGCAACAGCAUCUGCCACUCCAGCAGCAGCAGCAGCAGCAGCAGCAUCAUCAUCAUCAUGUGACCCGACAUCAGCAGCAGCAGCAGCUGCAGCAGGACAUGAGCAGCAGCGGCAGCCACAGCAAACACUUGCGCAUCAGCAGCAGCUCCAAUGGCAAGCAUGGCAAAUAUGUAAAUAUGCCACAGCAGCCCGAGGAGGAUGUGGUAGAUGCGGCAGCGGCCAUGCCUAUGCCACAUGCAACGCAUCCGCAAUAUUCGCGACAUUUGCAUCAUCACAGCAAGGAGGAGCGCAUCCGUCUGGAGGAAUUCACCUGCGAUGUAUCCGUGGAGGGUGGCAAAUCGUCGCAGCCGCUGCAAUUUUCAUUCACAUUCUAUGAUCUGGAUGGGCAUCAUGGCAAAAUAACAAAGGACGACAUUGUGGGCAUUGUGUAUACCAUAUACGAGUCCAUUGGCAAGUCCGUGGUGGUGCCCCACUGUGGCAGCAAGACAAUUAACGUGCGCCUCACCGUCAGUCCGGAAGGCAAAUCGAAAUCGCAGGCGGCGGCAGCUGCUGCGGCGGCGGCGGCAGCAACAGCAACAUCCACAUGCAUCAACAACAACAGCAGCAACAACAACAACAACAGCAGCAGCAGCAAACUGAAGAAGCUGCCCACAGGGCUGGCGGCCAUGUCAAAAACAGUGAAUGGCGUGGCACUAACAACAUCCGGCGGCGCACGCCGCCAGCAUCGGCAUCGACCACGCAAACUGAUUAAGUCCGAUGACGAGGACGAUGACAGCAACAGCGACAAGGAGAAGGAGCUGGCAAUAGCUGCCGCUGCUACCGCUGCUGCUGUCAAUGCCGAGCACCAGCCCAGUGGCAGUGGCAGUGGCAAGCAGCCAAAGCCCAGAUAUCUGAGGAACAAUACUAAAUUGGAGCAGUGCUGCAGCGGACAGGCACAGCCGGCAGAGCAGCACACGCCGGACAAUGGCCACAAUACCUGCGAGAAUAUGCUGAAUCUCAAAUGCUGCAGCGGUGCCUCCAACAAGGAGGCAGUCGAUGUCGUUGACUGUCCACAGCGCUCGCAGCGACACCAACACCACAGCCACGAUGUCUACAUGAAGCAGGCCACACAGCGCGUCAAAAUGCUGCGCAAGGCGAGAAAACAAAAGUACCAGGAUCACUGCCUCGAAACGCGUCAGCGCAGCCUGUCCGUGGGCAACGACUCCUGCUGGCAAAAUCGCCACAUGCAACAGCAGCAGCAGCAGCAACAACAGCAGCAGCAGCAACAGCAGCAGCAACUGGCCAGUUCGACUCAUGGCCAGGCUCAGAAGAGCGCCUCGUCCUCGCCACCUUUGGGCGAUGUGAUGCUCGAUGGCGUCCAAUUGCGCCAGCCACGCCCACAAUCGCUGCUGACCCAGCGCAAGUCCGCCGAGUGCUGGAAGUCGGCGCUGAAUCGCAACGAUUUGAUAAGCAUCAUCAGGGAGAGCAUGGAAAAGAAUCGCUUGUGUUUUCAGCUAAAUGGAAAACCCCAAGCAAAUGUGAGUCCCAUACGGCAACCGGCAGCACAACAACAACAACAACAACAGCAACAGCAACGCCAACGCUGCAAUACCGGAUCGAAAAUUCCGACGCUAAUUGCGAACCACAGUCCGCAGAGCGCCCAAUCGCCGCUCAGCUGCAGUCCGCCCACGCAGCAAUCGCCGCUGGCCAAUCAUAUCGAGGCCGGGCACGAUACGGUCAACAGCAGUCUCUAUCAUCCGCAGCCGCAUAUACCCAUCUACCAUCAGCAGCUGGCCAUUAAUCCGGCCGUGGUGGCCGCCCAGCACAGCCACAACAGCGCCCACAACAAGCUGAAUCUGUGCGGCUACGAUUCGUUUCUGCAUGCCACGAUUUGUGGCGGAGGCGCCGCUGCCCACUCGCCGCCAGCCACGCCCAGCAAUGUGGCCACCGUACAGCCCAUACCCAAGAAGAGCAGCAGCCACAGCAAACAGCAGCAGCAGCAGCAGCAGCAACAGCAACAGCAACAGCAACGCAGCAGCAAGGAUUACAAGAACUAUGGCAAUCUCAUCUAUGCCAAGCUCAGUGAACAGUUGCAGCAGAGGGAGCGGGAGCAGCGACGUCAGCAGCGACACAAGCUGCAACAGCAGCCGCCACAACAGAAGCCCACGCGGGAUUUGUGUCGUCCGGCUACAGCUACGUCCAGCUCCAGUUCGGCGGGCUCAAAGAUCUAUGGCGAUGCCUUGGAGUGUGCACAUCUGCUGGCCAGCGAGGAGGAGGAGCUGCCGGCCAGUCCAAUGCUGACCAGCACGCCCAGCAAGGUCGUCUCCACGGACACACUGAUCGAUCUGAACGACGAGGUGGGCGAGGCUGUUGCCGAGGUUGCUGCCGUGACAACGGCCAAGGAUGCCGACGAGCCAUCGGCCCAGCUGGCCGCAGACGUGGAUCUGGACACGAGCGCCUCCAGCUCCAUGAUACAUCGCUAUGUGCACGAGCACAUACACCAUCACUAUCAUCACUUCAAGGAGCAGAACGAUAUCUAAGGACUGCAGACCAUAAAUGUUGCUUAUGUUUCUUAUGAUUAAUGUAGCGCAAUUUGUAAUUUAAUUAGCAUUUUACUAAAACCCAAGAUGAUAUUAUUUCUGCUUCAACGUAGGAUUCCGCUAAAUAGAGUGGAUCCCAGACUCAAACAUAAAAUCGAAUCUGAACUUCAUGUCCAAACUUUUAAUCUAUAAUCCCCUAGAGCUAAUGUUAAGAUUUUUUGUGCGCCUUCGCCUUAGCAAGAAUUGAAAAUUGAAACAUUUAAAAGCCAUCGAUUGCUUCGCUUAUGCAAAAAACAGCCUAGCAACAUAUCAUUGCAGUACUAUGUGUAUAAACAAAGCAAAUUAACAUAAACAAAAUGAA